GGCCGAGGACCCAUGGCCGCGGCCGGCUGGCGGGACGGCUCCGGCCAGGAGAAGUACCGGCUGGUGGUGGUGGGCGGCGGCGGCGUGGGCAAGUCUGCGCUCACCAUCCAGUUCAUCCAGUCCUAUUUUGUAACGGAUUAUGAUCCAACCAUUGAAGACUCCUACACAAAGCAGUGUGUGAUAGACGGCCGAGCAGCCCGGCUGGACAUUUUGGACACAGCUGGACAAGAGGAGUUUGGAGCCAUGAGGGAGCAGUACAUGAGGACGGGCGAGGGCUUCCUGCUGGUCUUCUCAGUCACCGACAGAGGCAGUUUUGAAGAAAUCUAUAAGUUUCAAAGACAGAUUCUCAGAGUAAAAGAUCGUGACGAGUUUCCAAUGAUUUUAAUUGGAAAUAAAGCAGACCUGGAUCAUCAAAGACAGGUCACACAGGAAGAAGGACAGCAGCUAGCGCGGCAGCUCAAAGUCACAUACAUGGAGGCGUCAGCAAAGAUCAGGAUGAAUGUAGAUCAAGCUUUCCAUGAACUUGUCCGGGUUAUAAGGAAAUUUCAAGAGCAAGAAUGUCCUCCUUCACCAGAACCAGCUCGGAAAGAGAAAGACAAGAAAGGCUGCCACUGUGUCAUUUUCUGAGAGUCCCCUGAGCACCAGCUGCCAGCUGCCAGGAAGCCCUUGUCCCCUCUCCUGUGCUUUAUGUCACGUGGUACCUUGCUAGCCUUAGACCAAUGAUCACCGUGUCAGCCUUACACCAAGAAGCUGGCUAAUUCUUUCUGUGGAGCUAAUGCAAUGGUCCUUUCCAAACCGGUAACGGAAACACUAAGGCUGCUUCAGAGAUUGUCUGGUUCUUUUAAAUUACAUGUCUUCAUCACAAGACACAGCCUUCUCUUAAGGGCUUACAUUUUAAUAGGGACGAACCAGCUUUGGAACCUAAGUAAGCUGUUUGCUAAGCUGAAGUCAUAGUUGUGAAGUAAUUUUUAACUUCUGGAAUCAUUGCCUACUGUUACUCUAAGUAGAAACAUAGGGAUUUUUUCUUUUUAAAUGUGAAUUUUGCCUAUCUUUAAAACUUUUGAUGUCAACUUUUUGUUAACCUUAAAUACACUGAACAGAAUCUACAAAAGUGAGACAUCUCAGACCUUUUUUGAUGCUACGACUUUUGUUUUCCCGUGGCCAAAAUACCAAAAUGCCCGUUGUACUUUGGAUUAAAAACUGCUUGUCAAGUCUUGUUGUUAAGCCUCCUCUUGAAGAUGAUAAUUCUGGACCUCGGUGUUUCAGUGAACUUGGUUUCUUAGUUUAACUAUAUUUCACAGUGAUGCUAAGGAUAAGAAUGAAUAAUUCCUGUCUGUCUUUCUCUUCAAGUAUUUCUGGUUAAGGGAUUCAAAACAAACUAAAACAGUUUUUGUUUGAUGUAAUAUAAAAUAUGGAAUUGAUCUUUCCAGAGUCAGAUGAUUAAUGUUUUGCUAUAUACUUUUAUACGUUAUUUUCUUAUCAAACUAGUUAACAAGUAUUUUUAUAUGUUUGUAAGCAAAUAUGCUUUCACAGUAUACCUUGUGUAUAUGUAAAGAUAAGUAUUUAAUUCUCACUGUUCACUUUUAACUGACAGAAAAGAAAAGAGAAAGUGGAAACUACAGUAACUGUGGUAGAACUUUACUCACUGGCUGGGUCCUGGUUUUGUUCACCUGUGGCCGGUCAUGUCCCUAACUCAAGAAGCCUUCCUGGUAAAGUGCAACAGGAUGCGACUCCGAAGUCACGUGUGCUACCCCUGCUAAAUAUUGACUGUUUAUAUUGAGUAUCAUGUGUAAAAUUUAUGAUUGACAGUUAGUAUAAUUGUGGAUGGCUUCUGGUUGUGUUUUUAAUUCUGUGGAUUGUUUUGAAACAAUUCCAAGUAUGUUCCUGAUUUCAAGACCCUCGGUGGUUUUGCACGGCUGUCACUUUAUUGAAUGUGUACAACGGUCCCAUGAAGUUGAUGAACCGUCCCCUGUACAGCUUCAGGUGCUAGAAUUAAAACUGAUCUAUUAUUACAGGA